AAACCCAAAAAACCCUGUUUCUUUUUUGUCUUAAACCUUCCUAGUUUAGCUCCUAAAUACACUCUUCAUUCUUUUUUCUCUCUCAAACUAAAACUGCCCAAUGCUUGAUCUUUUUUAGUGUUUCAUUGGUGGGUCUCCUGGAUUUCUUCAUAGUUUGUCUCCCUCUUUCUCUUUCUCUUGCUUGUGGCUUUGAGAGUGUGAGAGAGAGUGUGUUUGUUUGUUUGAGUUGAAUAAGAAGAAGAAGAAGAAGAUCUGAGAAAGGUUUUUGAGAGUGAAAGAGAUGGGGGUGGAUUUGAGGCAAGUUGUGGCUGGGAUUCUUACACUCACAAUGUUUGUGAUGCUUGGGAAUAUGAUUAAGAGAGACCAUUUUGAUUCUGUGGAAGAAAAAUUCCCUGGAGAUCGGAGUGUUUUGGAUAAUGCAAAGAAUUCAAAGGAGGGUCUCGUUACUCUUGCAGAACCAGGUAAAGGGCCUUGGCAAGCUGAUGUUGAAGAGCUAAAACCAUGUUGGUCAAGGGCACUUUUAGAUGAUGUUGAGGACACAGAUGGGUAUGUCAUUUUCUCGUUAACCAAUGGCCCUGAAUACCAUGUUUCACAGAUUGCGGAUGCAGUUGUAGUGGCAAGAUAUCUAGGAGCGACUCUUGUUCUCCCUAGCAUUAGAGGAAGCAACCCGGGUGAUGAGAGGAGCUUUGAAGAAGUUUAUGAUGUUCCUAAGUUUGUGAAUAGCCUGGAUGGGGUGGUCAGAGUGGCAAAAAAGCAGCCUGCCAGCUUAUCAACAAAGAAUCUUGCAGUUGUGAAGGUCCCUAAUCGGGUUACAGAAGACUACAUUGCAGAACAUGUUGAACCGGUUUAUAAGAAAAAGGGCAACAUUAGGCUGGCCACUUACUUCCCUUCAGUAAACAUGAAAAAGACAGACAAAAAGAGCAACAGCAAUUCAGUUGCAUGUUUGGCAAUGUUUGGAACUUUAGAGUUGCAAUAUGAGAUUCGUGAAGUGGUUGAUUCAAUGGUUCAGCGGCUAAAAACUUUGAGUCGGAAGUCAGAUGGCCAAUUUGUUGCAGUGGACUUGAGGGUUGACAUAUUGCAGCAAAAAGGUUGUCAAGGAGAUGGUGAAGCUGAAGCUAAAAGUUGUUACAAUGCACAAGAGGUAGCUUUGUUUUUGAGGAAAAUUGGAUUUAACAAGGAUACCACAGUCUAUUUGACUGAAUCGAAAUGGGACAGCAGCCUAGAUGCUCUGAAGGACAUCUUCCCUAAAACUUAUACUAAGGAUGGAAUAAUACCUGCAGAUAAAAAGUCAAAGUUCCUGGAUUCAGAGAGUUCAGAAUUGGAAAAGAUUAUUGACUUCUAUGUGUGUUCUCAGAGUGAUGUAUUUGUUCCUGCAAUCUCUGGCCUCUUUUAUGCAAAUGUGGCUGGUAAGAGAAUUGCUACUGCUAAGACCCAGAUACUUGUACCAGCAGACAUUUCGGUUUCCUCAGCUUCAGCCACGGAUUUUAUCACGCAUUAUGUCUCAAAGAAGAACCAUUUGGCUUAUUCAUGUUUUUGCUAAUCUCUGUGUGAAAAAAAAAAAAAAGAAAAAAAAAAAAAAAAAAGAAAGAACUUGAGAAAGCAUGGCAUAUGUGCUCUUGCCUUCAAAGAAGGUCUGGCUUCCUUUUUCACCUUAGUCAAACAUUUUGGGUGAGCAGGUAGACAAGUCAAUAUACACUCCAAUUUGUGUUUGAAGAACCCUAACAGAAGAAGUAUCUCUAUUUAAGGUGAUAUUUAAAGACAGUUCAGUGAUAGGAAUAGAAGUUUUGAGCCUAUCAUUGUUUAAUAUGUUCAAUAUUUUCUGCAGAACAACGUUUGCCUAUAUUUAUUCUUUGUACUAUUGUUGUCAAAAUGUUUUCCAUUUUUGGGUGAAAAUGUUUAUUUCCAGCAUUUGGGUAUGCUAUUCCCUCUUGAUAUUUUAUUAGUUCCUAUUCAAUA